GGGCGCCGGCCGAGUGAAGCGCGGCUGGGUUUGGAACCAGUUCUUCGUGGUGGAGGAGUACACGGGCACCGAGCCCCUGUACGUGGGCAAGAUCCACUCGGACUCCGACGAGGGUGACGGGGCCAUCAAGUACACCAUCUCAGGCGAGGGCGCAGGCACCAUCUUCCUGAUCGAUGAGCUGACAGGUGACAUCCAUGCCAUGGAGCGGUUGGACCGUGAGCAGAAAACCUUCUAUACACUGCGGGCGCAGGCUCGGGACCGCGCCACCAACCGUUUGCUGGAGCCUGAGUCGGAGUUCAUCAUCAAGGUGCAGGACAUCAACGACAGCGAACCGCGCUUCCUGCACGGCCCCUACAUUGGCAGUGUAGCCGAGCUCUCACCCACAGGCACAUCGGUGAUGCAGGUGAUGGCCUCGGACGCGGACGACCCGACUUACGGCAGCAGCGCCCGGCUGGCCUACAGCGUGCUGGACGGAGAGCACCACUUCACGGUGGACCCCAAGACCGGCGUGAUCCGGACAGCUGUGCCUGACCUCGACCGAGAGAGCCAGGAGCGCUAUGAGGUGGUGAUCCAGGCCACGGACAUGGCAGGCCAGCUGGGUGGCCUCUCAGGCUCCACUACCGUCACCAUCGUGGUCACCGACGUUAAUGACAACCCGCCCCGUUUCCCGCAGAAGAUGUACCAGUUCAGCAUUAAGGAGUCGGCCCCCAUCGGCACCGCUGUGGGUCGCGUGAAGGCCGAGGACUCAGAUGUGGGCGAGAACACGGACAUGACUUACCACCUCAAGGAGGAGAGCGGCACCGGCGGCCAUGUGUUCAAGGUCACCACAGACAGCGACACUCAGGAGGCCAUCAUAGUGGUGCAGAAGCGCCUGGACUUCGAGUCCCAGCCGGUGCACACGGUGGUCCUGGAGGCCCUCAACAAGUUCGUGGACCCCCGCUUCGCUGACCUGGGCACAUUCCGCGACCAGGCGAUCGUGCGUGUGACGGUGACCGAUGUGGAUGAGCCCCCCGAGUUCCAGCCGCCCUCCGGCCUCCUGGAGGUGCAGGAGGACGCGCAGGUGGGCUCCCUGGUCGGCGUGGUGACUGCGCGGGACCCCGACGCCGCCAACCGGCCCGUCCGGUACGCCAUUGACCGAGACUCAGAUUUGGACCAGAUCUUUGAUAUCGAUGCAGACACAGGAGCCAUCGUGACAGGCAAGGGACUGGACCGUGAGACCGCCGGGUGGCACAACAUCACAGUGCUGGCCAUGGAGGCAGACAAUCAUGCCCAGCUCUCCCGGGCAUCCCUAAGGAUCCGAAUCCUGGAUGUGAAUGACAAUCCCCCAGAACUAGCCACACCCUAUGAGGCAGCCGUGUGUGAGGACGCCAAGCCAGGCCAGCUCAUCCAGACCAUCAGCGUGGUGGACAGAGACGAGCCCCAGGGUGGGCACCGCUUCUAUUUCCGCCUGGUGCCUGAAGCUCCCAGCAACCCUCAUUUCUCUCUGCUUGACAUUCAAGACAACACAGCCGCAGUGCACACGCAGCACCUGGGCUUCAACCGGCAGGAGCAGGACGUGUUCUUCCUGCCCAUCCUGGUGGUGGACAGCGGGCCGCCCACGCUCAGCAGCACAGGCACACUCACCAUCCGCAUCUGUGGCUGCGACAGCUCCGGUGCCAUCCAGUCCUGCAACACCACCGCCUUUGUCAUGGCCGCCUCCCUCAGCCCCGGCGCCCUCAUUGCCCUCUUGGUCUGUGUCCUCAUUCUAGUCGUGCUCGUGCUGCUGAUCCUCACCCUCAGGCGCCACCACAAGAGCCACCUGAGUUCCGACGAAGACGAGGACAUGCGGGACAACGUCAUCAAAUACAACGACGAGGGUGGCGGCGAGCAGGACACCGAGGCCUACGACAUGUCGGCGCUGCGGAGCCUCUAUGACUUUGGCGAGCUCAAGGGCGGCGACGGGGGCAGCGGCGGAGGCCGGGGCGGGGGCAGCAGCCCCCCGCUGUCCCGCCUGCCCUCCGAGCGCCACCUGCUCCCGCAGCAGGAGCCGCCCAGCCCCGAGCCGGACUUCUCGGUGUUCAGGGACUUCAUCAGCCGCAAGGUGGCGCUGGCGGACGGGGACCUGUCGAAUCCCAACAACAAAUCCAAGAUUGGCUGUGACAUAUCCAUUGUAGAGGGGGAGAUUGAGACCUAG